CUCUCUUUUCAGCAUGAAUUCAAUUCAAUUCUCUAAAGGUGAUUAAUACACAACAAUUAAUUAAAGAAUGGGAAGGAAGCCUUGCUGUGAGAAGAAGGGUUUGAAGAAAGGUCCAUGGACUGCUGAAGAAGAUGAAAUCCUUUCUAACUAUAUCAAAAACAAUGGUGGCCAUGGUAGCUGGCGUUCUCUUCCUAAGAUCACAGGACUCCUUCGUUGUGGUAAAAGUUGCAGACUUAGGUGGACAAAUUAUCUUAGACCUGACAUUAAAAGGGGUCCCUUUACUUCUGAGGAAGAAAAACUUGUUAUACAACUUCAUGGCAUCCUAGGAAACAGGUGGGCUGCUAUUGCUUCUCAGUUACCAGGAAGAACAGAUAAUGAGAUAAAGAAUUUAUGGAACACACACUUGAAGAAGCGGCUCAAGAACAUGGGAAUCGAUCCGAAAACACACGAGCCGGUUGCCUCGCCACAUUACCCCCUCGACAAGGCACACUCCUCGUCGAUUUCCACGCGCCAUAUGGCUCAGUGGGAGAGUGCAAGGCUUGAAGCAGAGGCAAGGCUCUCAACAGAAUCAUCAAAAUUUAACAAGAAUAAUCCUUCUUCGCUCGGCGAAGGCAAAAGUACUAAUGAAUCCGAUUACUUCCUCCGGAUUUGGAACUCCGAAGUAGGCGAGGCGUUUCGCAGUGUUGGUAAAUCUGAAAACAAAGGUGGAUGCUGCCAGAGUGAUAGUCCUAUUUCAGCAGGAUCAUGUUCUAACAAAUGUGAAUCAAUUUAUAAUGUGACUGCAGAAUUGGCCUUAAACCAGUUAAGUACCUCAAACAAUGGAAUUGGAGGGAAUCAUGUGAAGGAAGAGUUAGUGUUAUGUGCUGAAGAAGAAGGUAUGGUUCUUCAUGGUUCUGAUUCUUCAUGCUCUAAUGAAUUGGAAGAUUCAUCUGACACUGCAUUGCAGCUGUUGUUAGAUUUCCCCAUAAACAAUGACAUGAGCUUCUUAGAGGGAAACUCUUUUGAUUGCAACAUUUAGUAGUUAUGUUAUGUUAUGUAUGAU